AUGGCCGUGUUGGAGCUCGCCAUGCAGGGACUGGCCGUGUUCGGCUUCCUGCUGUUCUUCGUGCUGUGGCUGAUGCACCUCAUGUCCAUCAUCUAUGUGCGUCUCCACCUCCACAAGAAAAGGUCGGAGGUCAAACAGCCGUUUGUGCAGCUGGCAGGAGUUUCUCUGCUGAAGCCUCUGAAGGGCGUCGACCCAAACCUGAUCUCCAACCUGGAGACAUUUUUUACACUGGAUUAUCCUAAGUAUGAGAUCCUGCUGUGCGUUCAGGAUCAAGAUGAUCCAGCUGUGGAUGUGUGUAAAAAGUUGUUGGGAAAAUAUCCAAACGUAGACGCACGAUUAUUCAUUGGGGGGAAGAAAGUUGGAAUCAACCCCAAGAUCAACAACCUGAUGCCGGGCUAUGAAGGAGCCAAAUAUGGUCUGGUCUGGAUCUGUGACAGCGGUAUCAGAGUGAAACCCGACACUCUGACAGAUCUGACCAAUCAGAUGACAGAGAAGGUGGGAUUGGUCCAUGGGUUGCCAUAUGUUGCCGAUCGCCAAGGCUUCGCCGCCACACUGGAGCAGGUGUAUUUUGGGACAUCCCACCCUCGCUCCUACAUCUCAGCUAACGUGACGGGGAUAAAGUGUGUGACGGGGAUGUCGUGUCUGAUGAGGAAGGACGUGUUGGAUCAAGCCGGCGGAUUGGUCGCCUUUGCUCAGUACAUUGCAGAGGAUUACUUCAUGGCUAAAGCCAUCGCUGACAGAGGAUGGAAGUUCUCCAUGGCGACACAGGUGGCGCUGCAGAACUCGGGGUCAUACUCCAUUGGUCAGUUCCAGUCCCGCAUGAUCAGGUGGACGAAGCUGAGGAUCAACAUGCUUCCUGGCACCGUGCUGGAGCCCGUCUCCGAGUGCUUCCUGGCCAGCCUCAUCAUUGGCUGGGCUGCUCAUUAUGUGUUCAGGUGGGACAUGAUGGUGUUCUUCAUGUGUCACUGUCUGGCCUGGUUCAUAUCUGACUACAUCCAGCUGACUGGAGUUCAGGGCGGCCCGCUGUGUUUCUCCAAGCUGGACUUUGCGGUGGCGUGGUUCAUCAGAGAGUCGAUGGCCGUGCAGAUCUUCCUGUCAGCUCUGUGGGACCCGACAAUCAGCUGGAGGACCGGACGCUACCGGCUGCGCUGUGGCGGCACCGCAGAGGAGAUCCUUGACGUCUAGUUACCACGGCAACUGCCUGCCCUUUCUUCCUCCUCUUCCUCGUGAAGGUGAAGAGGAGGAAGAGGAGGAGGAGUGAAAGAGACUGUUUGUUUUUGUUUUUUUUUUUAAUGAGAAAAACUGAAGUGUGUGCGUGUGCGUGUGCGUGUGCGCGUGCGUGCACAUGCGUGUGUGUGUUUGUGUGUGUUUGUUUAACUAUUUAUGUUCCUUUUGGUGCUAAAAAACCCCGAAAUGAUGCCAGAACAAGCCAAUGAGAGCGCAGGAUGGAAGGAAGAAAAACAUUUAAAAAAAGGAGAAAAAGAAACGGGAGGGAGUGAUGCAUCGCACUGAACAGCUGAUCUCUGAUCGACCAAUCAUUAGACAGGAGUCAGUAUUCUCUCUCCUGAUUGGCUCCUGACAAUUUGCUGAAUGAACUAAUUGUGACUGAAGAUGAAACAGUUUGACGACAUCUGACGCUUCAGAGGAAACGUGUAGGCUGCGUUUCAGACGCUUCCCGUCAGUCGUCGCGACGUCCGUCUGUUUCAACAAAGGUUGGCGAGGACUGUGAGGCUUUCACUAAGACACAGUGCAGAUUGUGUUGUUCGUCCUGAACAGCUCCUGAUCCAGGUUCAGGCUCUGUGAUUGGUCAGAGGUCCGUCCCCUUCCUGUGUCCCUGAUUCCAGAAAUAAGGACAGAGACAAACAAGGUGCUAUGAGUCACCAGAGAUGCACCAACCGAACAACCAAACUUCAGCCUGACCAGCAGAUCGGUCUCAGAUGUAGCCGAUCCUGCUCAGAUCAGAUUGACAUGCAGGCGCCGCACAGUGGCGAGCGACACAAAGAGCAGCACGGACAGGAUGUGAUGUCAUCAGAGCCGCUGCAACUCUGUCUUCUAAUUCAUUCCCAUGUCGCACAUCGCUUUUAAAGCUAUGGUGUGAAGCUAACCAGCAGGCGUGGGUACACACCCAAAUCUGUUUAGACCUGAUAAGUCGCUCACAAGUGUAGCAUAGAAAAGCUAAUGCUAACCGGUCCAUGUAAGUGGAUGGGAGAUGCUAAAAGGAUUAGCUUCUUAGCGCAGGAUGUGUACCUCAAUAAAACCACAAAUAUAGGUGGUCUACCCGUCUGCUAGUUAGCCGAUUAGUCAAGAUAACUAGCAGAUUACAGUUAAAUAACUCAAAAAUGUCACAUCAGAAAGCUAAUGCUAACUGUUUCAUGUAAGGAAAUAGAAAAUGCUAAAAUGAUCAGCGCCACAUUGCUGGAGGUAUAGUGAAAUAAAGUUAGGUGGUCGACCCUGAUAGAUUAGAUUAAUUCUGUGGCAGACGAACGUUUAAAGCUCGUCUCUAGGAAAAAAAACAAAAAGAUAAUGUAACCUGAGCUGAUGUGACAGUGUUUCAGCAGCUGUUGUGAAAGAGGUUUUCUAAAAGUUACCAACAUUUAUUUUCAGUGAGAUUUUUGUGGCUGUUUAAAGAAGUCUCCAGUGGCUCUACAGAGACAUAUCUAACAUGUCGGUGUGUGCGGUCAGUUGUAGUUCUUAAGAAGAAAAUGGGAGUUGGCAGGUCAGUGUUUUAAAAAAUCUGAAUCAGCCAGGAAUUCUGCAUUUGGCAGAUAAUCCAACAGGUCAGGAAAGUCACAGUUUGUGUUCGUACCAUUAUUUUUUCAACGAACUAUGUCUCUCGUCUCGCACGAUGUUCCAACAUUGUGUCACCAACAUGGCUGCCACCGUGGCCCAGGUGUAACCGUAUCAGCAGCUUUGAAUCCUCCAGUUCAGCAUUUUGGUCAUCGCCAUCUUUUUAUUUAUUUUUUUAUUUUAGUGACCAUAUUUGGAGGAGAGGGUGAGUUAACCCUAACACUAGCUGCUAGCUUGGUUAGCAUUUACAAAACUAUGGUUAAUUAUAAUGAUGCUAAUGCUAAUUCUUGCUAGCAAAAACAGGCUCAAAACCAUUGAGUUCAACCAAAUGCUGAACGAGACUUUUUAGACGACCGAAACGUUACCUUUAAACUUUCAUAAACUGAAAACACACUAAUAUUACAACAGCCGCACUUGCACUCACUUUCCCGAUGUUGUCGCCUUGUUAGCAACUUGUUAAUGAACGCAACCAAGCUGUCAAAGAGGCCCCGCCCCCUUAAUGAUGUGUACCUUUGAUCCUUAAUAAAAAGUAAACAGGUGAGUUCUGUAAAAUUCGUCAUGAAUGUUGAGAUGAUGUUUUUGUACCAGGCUGUAAACAUGUUUGUUUCUACAUGUUAGCGUGGAGCUCUGUGGGGACUGACUCACUGUUGGAGCCGGCCUCUAGUGGACGUGAGAGGAACUGCAGGUUUUGGAUUCAUGUUUCAGCCUCGGAGGACGCUGCUUGGUUUUUGUUAACCAGGAAGUGAAAUAACGAGCUCAGACUCGACCUCAGGCGUCGUAGCUUCAGAAAGACCCGUGUGACGCCAGUGUCGUGACUCGUGACGUCUUUCUGAUGACACAGUUUCACCGUCUCACAGUUUUACAACAAACUGUCACUUUGUUCAUUUGAUCAUCUGAAACACCUCACGUCAAACUCGUGGCUCAGUUUAAACAGGGUCAGAAAAUCAGUUGUCUUUGACCGUUAACUACCGAACACAUUUUUCUCUGAAUAAUGUCCUGUUAUGGAUGCAGGAAGGGGAGGGACUUGGCCUCUCUGUCGGGACAUGUGAUGGACAUUUGUUGCUGAAACAAGUUUAAAAAUCAGAGGAGAGACGGACAGAGGACAAAAACAUGAAUUGACAUUCUCUUCAUGUCCAGAGAAACAAGACGGGACUUUACUUCCUGUGUCUCACUUCAAACAGCUGAUCAAUCAGAUCAAUAACCAUUAAUGUCUCUCAGUUCGUCUCCUCUGUUCAUGUUUCUGAUUAACGGAGGAUCAACAUAAAAAACUUUGAUUUGAGCAGCUGUGAGGUUUAAACACACAAUCGGCCAAUGAGGACGGACGCUGAUCUCUGAUUGGCUGAUUUUUUUUUUUUUUAAACAAAAAACAGUCGACUGCGUUUAAUAAAAUUAAUUUUUUAAAAACUGGAGAUAUUUUUUCUGACUUUCUUCUGUAUCUCUAAAACCGAAAUUAUUAUCCAAUAAUUAUUUUAAAAAUUUCAAAUGUUAUCGAGAAAACCUCAAAAACUGAACGAUCUUUGUUACCAAAAACUGUCUUACUAUAAAAAAUAGUAAACUAUUAUCGUAAUUAUGAAACAUUUCAAAAUUACAAGAACUUUAACUCGUCCUUGUGAGAAUUGUUUCAGUGAGAAAAUUAGUGACCUGUAAUUCUAAAGAAUAACGACAUUGUUAUUUUGUGAAUACAAAAUCAGUAUCUCGCAGUUUUGACAAAGUUAAAAGGAUCGCUGGAUUUUGGUCUCAUAGUUACUAAAGAAUUCCAAAGUGUAAAUAUUAUAGAAUAUAGAAUUGUCAUAAUUAUGAGGAUGAUUGGAACGUUAUCGGAUACAAAAUCAGUAACUUGUAAUCAUAAAAAAUAACUUAUAAGAAAGACAUCUUUGUGAAUACGGAACCAGCAUCACUUCACUUUAACAAAAAUGCUAUUAGUACGAGAUUUUUGUCUCAUAGUAACAAACUAAUUAUAAAAACAGUUGAAUUUGUAUUCUAGUUACAAAGAACUCCACGAGACGUCAUUAACGGAAGAGAUACGAAGUGUUAAUUACAAAAAAUGUCUUUCAUUUUUUUUUCCCCAAACAAGUUUAAAUGUCGAGUUGCCACAAAAACACAAGAUCAGCCAAUGAGAUCAGAGAAUUUUGUUGUUUUGAAAAUUUGUUUUCUAAUAUCGUUCACUGCUCCCCCCCCCCCCCCCCCACCAAAAAAAAAAGGAAUCUCAAUUCAGCACUGAACAAACUCCAGUAUUCUGUGACGUUCUAAUGGUCGCAACAUUUCACGUAAAUCACAAAACAUCAAAACAAACACAAACAUAAACACAGGACCAAAUAAAUAAAUAUUAAAGUGAAAAAAAUCCACAUUUCUGAACUUGAGUCUGAACACUGAACUGUGUGUGUGUGUGUGUGUGUGUGUGUGUGUGUGUGUGUGUGUGUGUGUGUUAAAGCUGUGUUGCUUUACUGUUAGCCAUUAGCUGUUAGUGUAGCCACAGGGGGUUUGGUUGAUGACGUCAGCUGGGUGUCGGACGAACCUGUCGCUGUCGUCCAAUAGGAUUGUUAGAAUUCUUAUUUGUUUAUUGUUGUUUUUUUUUAAUUAUGAUGAUCUGCUGUAGUCUGCGAACCGACCAAUCACAGCUGAGGAUUGUGUCAACACAGGAACAAUAAAGUUUUAUCCUUUGAAAGCUGAAA